AGGAAAAUUAGGGUUUUCAAUUUUGUUUUAGAGUGUUUGUUGAAUCGACGCCGCUGGUCCUCGUCUUCUAGCUUUGAGCUCUGAGGAAUCGAAAAUUAUGGGCCACUCUAACGUUUGGAAUUCUCAUCCUAAAAAAUACGGACCUGGAUCUCGCUUAUGCCGUGUGUGCGGAAACUCCCAUGGAUUAAUCAGGAAGUAUGGUCUUAACUGCUGUAGACAGUGUUUCCGUAGCAACGCCAAGGAAAUCGGUUUCAUUAAGUACCGUUAAAAGACCAAUGGUGUUUAUGAGGAGCAAUCAUUUGGUUGGGUUUUUUAAACUUUCAAGCUUUAAAAUUGUAAUGGAUUUGAUAAAUGUUGAACUAUUUCGAUAACGCUUUUGAGCUGUUGAAUCUUUUAGCUUCUUCCUUGUUUUGAACCCAGUCUUUGUUUUGAACCCAGUCUCUCUUUACUAUUUGAGAUGUGUGUUGCUAUUAUUACUCU